UCUAGUUUUGAAAUCGUAAACAAAUGUAAGCAAAUAAAAAAUUUUGGGAGUAUAUAUCUGGUAUAAUAUAUCUCCAUUUAAAGAUAAUAGAAAUAAUUUUGAGAAAUGUCUGGAAAAAAUCGAAAAUCCAAAGAGCAUAUCAACGAACUAAAGCGUGAACUUGAAUUCGAUCACCACUUGAUUCCGUUAGAUGAUCUGUAUGCUAGACUUGAAUCUGACCCCGAAGUGGGACUCAAAUCGGCUAUUGUGGAACGUAAUUUAAAACGCGAUGGAAGGAAUGCACUGUCUCCACCAAAGCAAACUUCAGCUUUUGUCAGACUUCUAGAACAAAUGUUUGGUGGUUUUGCCUUAUUGCUUUGGAUUGGUGCUAUUCUAUGUAUAGUCGCUUAUAUCAUCCAACAUCUACAAAAUGAUGAAGAUGAAGAUCUACCAUAUGAUUAUUUGUAUUUAGGAGCAGUACUCGCUGGUGUGGUUAUAGUCACAGGCCUCUUCUCAUACUAUCAGGAGUCGAAGAGUUCAAAAAUUAUGGAUUCUUUUAAAAACAUGAUACCACAAUUUGCCACUGUCGUACGGGAUGGUGAGAAACAUAUAAUAACUGCUGAACAUGUAGUACUGGGCGAUAUUGUAGAAGUAAAAUUUGGUGAUCGCAUACCAGCAGAUAUUCGUAUAAUUGAGUCACGCAAUUUUAUGGUUGACAAUUCUUCCAUAACUGGUGAGUCGGAACCGCAAUAUCGUUCAGUAGAUCAACAGCAUAAAAAUCCAUUAGAAACAAAGAAUGUUGCAUUCUUUUCUACAAGUGCGAUAGAGGGAACAGCCAAAGGUAUAGUCAUCGGUAUUGGAGAUGGUACUGUUAUGGGCCGAGUGGCUGGUUUGGCUUCAGGAAUAGUGCAAGGUACAACGCCUAUUGCCAGAGAAAUCCACCAUUUUAUCACUAUAAUUUCCGCAUUUGCAUUAUUUCUGGGAAUUACAUUUUUCGUUAUUGCGUUAUGCAUGGGAUACUUUUGGUUGGAUGCUGUUGUAUUUCUAAUUGGUAUCAUUGUGGCAAACGUACCAGAGGGUUUACUGGCAACUGUCACUGUUUGCUUAACUCUCACCGCUAAGCGUAUGGCACAUAAAAACUGUUUGGUAAAAAACUUGGAAGCCGUCGAAACUUUAGGUUCGACAUCUACAAUUUGUUCCGAUAAAACCGGAACUCUUACCCAAAAUCGUAUGACAGUUGCCCACAUGUGGUAUAACGCAAAGAUAGUUGAAGUUGAUAUAUCAAAAGGUGCAGUGAUCGACAAAAGGGAACAUGGCUUUCAAGCACUUUCACGUGUAGCUGUUCUGUGCAAUCGCGCAGAGUUCAAGCCAGGACAAGAUAAAUUGCCAGUAAUGAAACGGGACGUGACAGGUGAUGCUUCGGAAACAGCCAUACUGCGCGCGAUGGAAUUGAUACUAGGCGAUGUUAUAGCCAUAAGGAAACUGAAUCGUAAAGUUACGGAAAUACCUUUUAACUCCGUUAACAAAUAUCAAGUUUCGAUACACGAAACCAAUUCGGACGGAGAUGCAAAAUACGUUCUCGUUAUGAAGGGUGCACCAGAAAAUAUCGUGGAACGUUGUUCAACAAUUUUUAUUGAUGGCACUAAUGAACCAUUUAAUGAAAGAGAAAGAGCCGCUUUCCAUCAAGCCUAUAUGGAACUUGGAACGUUGGGAGAGCGUGUUUUGGGUUUUUGUGAUUAUGUUUUCCCCAUUUCGGAAUUUCCUGCUAAUUACCAAUUUAAUUCAGAAAAUCCGAACUUUCCUCUUGAAAAUCUGCGGUUUGUUGGUCUAAUUUCAAUGAUUGAUCCCCCACGCCCGGGGGUACCCGAUGCGGUAAGGAAAUGUCGUUCGGCUGGUAUAAAUGUAGUCAUGGUUACUGGUGAUCAUCCAAUUACAGCUAAAGCAAUCGCAAAAUCAGUUGGCAUCAUAUCACCUAAAAGCGAAACAGUUAAUGAAAUCGCAGAUCGAUUAAAUAAACGUGUUUCCGAAGUGAGCCCACGCGACGCAACUGCAAUAGUGGUGCAUGGUUCUGAGUUACGUGGUAUGAACGAAACCGAUCUGGAUAUUAUUUUACGUUAUCAUAAGGAGAUAGUGUUUGCACGAACAUCACCGCAACAAAAGCUGAUGAUUGUUGAAGGAUUUCAACGUGCUGGUGCAAUAGUUGCGGUUACUGGAGAUGGUGUGAAUGACUCACCGGCUUUGAAAAAGGCGGAUAUAGGUAUAGCAAUGGGAAUAGCUGGCACUGAUGUUUCCAAGCAGGCUGCCGACAUGAUUUUAUUGGAUGAUAAUUUUGCGUCAAUUGUAACUGGUGUGGAAGAGGGUCGUAUAAUAUUCGAUAAUUUGAAAAAAUCGAUUGCUUAUACAUUGUCUUCAAAUAUACCAGAGAUAACACCAUUUUUAGCAUUUAUUAUUUUUAAUAUUCCACUGCCAUUGGGUACUGUUGCUAUUUUACUUAUUGAUUUGGGUACCGACAUGGUGCCUGCCAUAUCGCUGGCAUAUGAAAAAGCUGAGAGUGAUAUCAUGCAACGGCAUCCGCGAAACCCUAACCGUGAUAACUUGGUGAACAAAAGACUUAUAUCUAUGAGUUAUGGGCAAAUUGGAAUGAUGCAAGCAGCUGCUGGGUUUUUCACUUAUUUCGUCAUAAUGGCAGAUAAUGGAUUUUUACCUGAACGUUUACUAGGUUUACGUCACGAGUGGGAUUCAAAGACCAUAAACGAUGUAACCGAUUCAUAUGGUCAAGAAUGGACCUAUAAUCAGCGAAAAGAAUUGGAAUACACCUGUCACACUGCUUUCUUCGUUUCCAUAGUGAUUGUACAGUGGGCGGAUUUGAUCAUAUGUAAGACACGCAGGAAUAGUAUCUUCCAACAGGGCAUGACCAAUUGGGUACUUAAUUUCGCACUCGUAUUUGAAACAGUUUUAGCCAUAUUUCUAUGCUAUUGUCCAGGUGUUGAUGUAGCUCUACAUUUUUACCCCCUUGAUUUUGUUUGGUGGCUGCCAGCAAUGCCUUUCGCUGUACUUAUUUUCGUUUAUGACGAAACUCGUCGUUUUAUCAUGCGUCGUAAUCCAGGUGGUUGGGUGGAAAGGGAGACCUAUUAUUGAUUCUGUUAAUAUAUUUUAUUUCAUUAUUUCAAUUGUGCAUAAUUUCGUUAUGGAUUAGUUUGCAUUUUACGUUAGAAUAAUAAAAAAAAAUAUUUAUA